AUGGUUUCCUCCGGUUCUUCAGUGCGCUUGGCAAUAACGGCCUUUGUGGCCCUCAUACUGGGCCUCGUAUCUGCCCUUCCAGCAACCUCGUCGGUGGGUCACAUGCCCUAUGUGUCUCGUGGGCUUCCGAAGGCUCCAAGUAAUGAUCCGUUCUAUCAACCCCCGGCCGGCUUUGAGUCCGAGGGCCCCGGAACUAUUUUGCGUCAAAGAAAAAUCUCUGUCGCUUUCCUAGGCCUUAUUCCAGACCCAGUGGAAGCAUAUCAGCUGUUAUAUCGCACCACUGCUAUCAAUGGCUCCGCUAUUGCGACUGUAACCACGAUCUUCAAGCCCACCAAUCCCAAGACAGAUCGAUUUGUUUCUUUCCAUACAGCCUACGAUAGUUCUGCCUCAAUCUGUGACCCCAGCUACAACUACCAGCUUGGCGCGGCACAGACCGAUAUUAUAUCUUCUGCGGAACAAUUGAUUCUUCAGUCCUAUCUGCUUCUAGGCUAUAUUGUGGCGUCGCCCGACUAUGAAGGUCCUGAUGCAGCAUUCGGACCCGGUCGCCUGGCAGGAAUGGGGGUUCUGGAUAAUAUGCGAGCCGUGAGCAGCUUCGGUGCCCUAGGUCUCUCCAGUGCUGAGCCUAUGAUUGUUGGUACUGGCUAUUCGGGCGGUGCAAUUGCCACAGGUUGGGCGGCUUCUCUCCAGUCCAGCUAUGCCCCUGAACUAAAUAUCAAGGGUUGGGCCCAAGGUGGCACUCCGGCCAAUCUGACAGGUACUCUGAUGUUCAUUGACGAUACUCCCUUCAGCGGCUUCAUCCCUCCAGCCGUGGCUGGUCUCUCUUCACCUAGUGCAUAUGGUACUCAGUUGAACCCCGUCCUGAAUAGUAUUAUUACCUCAAAAGGCCGGUCCAUCAUCGAGAAAUCCAAAACCACGUGUGCAGUUGAGGAUAUUAUCAACUUCGCUGACCAGUCGCUCUUUUCUACGAGUAUCCAGAGCCUAGGCGACAGUCUGCUCUAUGAGGCUACUAUCCACUCCAUCCUCCUGCAGUGCACCAUGGGUGUGACGAAGAAGGAAACCCCUACUGCACCGAUGUUUGUCUACCAUGCAUCGCAAGAUGAGAUCAUUCCGUACGCGAACGCGUCGACGAUGGUCGAUUCAUGGUGUAAUUAUGGCACCGAUAUCAAAUUCACCACCUUUGCAAAUGGUGGUCAUGCCACAACUGAAGUCCUCGGGCUACCCGAUACGAUCAAUUUUGUCGAGUCAGCUUUUGCGGGCACCACUCAGAGCGGCUGCUCAAGUAACACCGAGUUGGCUAGUCUUCUCAACCCCAUUGCUCUGGGUGUGGAGCUGGAACCUAUCCUGACGAAGUUGCUCGAGGUUCUGUCUACCCUUGGUACCAGUGACUCAAAAGUCAAGCAGAACCUUCAUGUGCUGAAGGAUGUGGUCAAAUGGUAA